CUUUUUGGAGUGUAAAGAUAGCGAGGCCAGAAUUCUCCUGUCUCUCAGUUACUUAGUUACUGUUACUUAUAGAGCGUAAAGAACGUAAAGAGCUCAGCGGGGUUAUAUAGCUACUGUUCAUUAGAACAAUAAUAUCGUUAAACCCGAGCUUUAUUCUGUGAGUUUGUUUGUUUAACAGUUAUUGUAGUGUUGUUCAGUAUGGAGGCUGAAAUAAGCUCUACUUCUGAUGAGCUGAAGUUUCCGCAGGAUCCCACAGAAGAGCCGCCGCGCAGCUUCCAGAGCUUCAACCCGGACUCCGGCUCCAGGCCGUUUGAUGAUGAUGAUAUUCUGGAUCUGGCCGGAGGAGCGCAGGAUGCUCUCGCCAGACACCGAGCCACGAAUCAACCUGAGCCGGACACCGAGCAGCGGGGAGCCGGGGCGCCGGAGGAGCUGAAAAAAGCGGAAGAUCGGACUGAGGAAGAAAAACCACAUGUAGAACCUGUUCAAUCCAAAUCUACAUUGGUAGAGCUGCUGUACUGGCGUGACCUCCAGCGGACUGGGGUGUGUUUCGGCGCCAGCCUGUUCCUGCUGCUCUCUCUGAGUGUGUGUAGCAUCGUCAGCGUGAUAGCGUACAUCUCGCUCGCACUGCUGUCCGUCACCAUCUCCUUCAGGAUAUACAAGGGCAUCAUCCAGGCCGUGCAGAAGUCGGAGGAUGGACAUCCAUUCAAGAUGUAUCUGGAGCAGGACAUUGCAAUUUCUUCAGACCUCGUACAUAAAUACAGUGAGCUGGCACUGGCGCGCUUUAACACCCUGGUGAAGGAGCUGCGGCGCCUCUUUCUGGUGGAGGAUCUGGUCGACUCUCUGAAGUUUGCUGUGUUGAUGUGGCUCCUGACGUACGUCGGUGGUUUAUUCAACGGCCUCACGCUCAUUAUUAUUGCUCAUAUUGCAGUGUUUACCUGGCCAGUAGUCUAUGAGAAACACCAGGUGCAGAUUGACCACUACUAUGAACUGGUGAACAACCAAGUGAAAGAUGUGAUGAAAAAGAUCCAGGCUAAGAUCCCUGGAGCGAAACCUAAGACUGAAUGAAGAGCCUGAGGUAGAAGAGUGUGAGCGAGGGAGUGAGAGGAAUAAUACGUUCAGGAGGAAUUCAGCGUGUGUUCUUGAGGAAUCUGGGUGAUGAGUGACAGUUUCAACAAUGGGAAUAAGAAUAAGGCCUUAGACAUCGUAGUGUCACACACACACACACACACACACACACACACACACACAUACAUACAUACACACAUACACACAUUUGCACUCACACACGCACACCCUUUUUUGUUAACUUACCAAUCCCACUAUCUAGAUCACUAUCAGUAGUUCUAAUACGUAUUUGUUUGGAAAUUAGCUGCUUUAGUGAAUGUAAUGUUAGUUAUGUUAAGGGCUGCCACUGGUGAGGCCUUCCACUGAGGGAUAAUUCGUGUUUUUUUUCCCCAUGUUUUCCUUUAAAAAAGGGUAAAUUCAGCUUAUUAAGGCUUGAUUUUAGCUUUUUUCUGUUUGUAUUUGGUUUAUUUCGAAUGCUGGUGCUGAUAUUAUUAUGAGGUGAUGUUUGAGUGAGAAGUUCAGUCACAUGGCCAGCUUCUUUCUUUCCACAGUAGCUGAUGUGAUGAUGAAAUUGGGCAUUUUUUUCUCUGAGCGUUACGGAAAGGAUCUGUUACGUCGCUGAUUAAAUUUAUUUUACCGUUUUUAGUCAAAAGAAAGGAAUAGAGUUAAAACAAAUAAAGGAUGUUUGCUGUGUUGUUUUGUCACUUCCUUACUUACUUGCUGCCUAUAGUGUCAAAGCGAAGCGUUUACACAACCUGCUGUCUCCAUCGUGGACCGAAUAUCCGACACGGUACAAAGCUCUUAUUGUGAAUUUCAGCUAAAUUUCAAGCACUGGUUUGUUAUGCAGUUGACUGUGAAUGAUAAUUCAUAGAGUUUGGAUGAAUUAUAUGCUGAAGACUGUCUAUGGAAUGCAUUGUGAAACUUAAACCAGUGUGAAUUAAAGCUUGUAGACAAACUAAAUAAAUUGGUUGAGUAUUUUUGUGUA